CUCCCUGGCGGGAGUGUCCGCGGUGUCGUCCAGUCCAGGUUUUUCCGCCUGUUGCUCGCUCCUUGGGACCGACACACACACAGAGCUCGGGAAGGGGGGGGGCUGCUAGGAUCCAGGCCGGGUUUUGACGCCUGUGCAGCCGGGCGGCACUCGGUUUGGUCUGCUGGAAGAAGCCGCGAGAGCAAGAACCGCCUGGAGGGCGAGCGACGACGCGGAAGGAGGCUGGCCACCGACGGGAAGCGCUGGGGGCUCUGCAGCGCCUGGCCCGCAGGGAGAGCGCUGCCUCCGCUUCAGUCAACCGACCAGACUGCCUGCCUGGCCACGGUGAGGUCUGGCCGGCGGCAGCAGUCAGAAAUCUAAUGUUGCAAUGGCCGGGGGAGUAAGGACAUAGUUAUCGUGCUUUGGGAGAGCUUUAAGACGGGAAAGACCAGACUAGACAAAGCAGCGGAGCUUUCAUUCAGAACGAGUAUUGGAUGCAUUCCCAAGCGUUUCUUGAGGGUCUGUUCUGUUCUGUGGAGGCAAGAGGCUUUGCAAUGAUGGACUUGGUCUGAAGGUACCUAAUGCAGCAAGCUUGCCAAAGGAGUGACGGAACCAGACUGGCAGACUUCUUGGUUAAAGGAGGCAGAUGCUGGAACAAUGGAUCCUUCUGUCCUCUAGUUCUCUCUUGCACCCAACAGUCAGCCCAUCUUUUCAGUUAGGUGCUUUGAGAAGUUGUUUCAUUUACACUUCCCCCCGUGCAUGGACAAAGUGAAAAGGGCCAAACUCAACUGGAAACCGAGACUGUUUUGAUUUACUCAGGCAUGCCGUGUAGAGGACCAAAGCACAGAAGAACAGAUCUGUCCUUUGAAGUGGCCGCCUGGAUCCUAGAGGGUCCUCUCCCAAGGCAUGCUGGUGUGAAGCGCCCCCUGCGGCUCCCUGUGCAUUCUGACUCAAGACUUUAAAUAAAAUAACCCUUCGGGCUGUCUGUUCAAGGCUUUUCAUGGCCUCUUUGCUGCUGUAGCUGCUGCUUCAAAAGUGCUGAUGCUCUGAUUGGCUGGACAACGCUGAGGGAAAGAUGCUAGACCUCAGCUUUCUGACGGAAGACGAGUAUGGGAAGCUGAUGAAAGUGCUGCAGAGGGAUGCAGAGCUCAAGAGAAAGGAUGGUGAUCGUAUCAGGCGAUUGCAAGGCUCUCUGAAAGAUGAGAAGAAGAAGAAAUUUGUGACCGGCGAAUGGUUCCAUGAGGUGAAGGCCCAGCGCUUCCAAGAGACAUUAGAAGGGACAGAUCUGCUUCGAGCGUCAAUUAAAAAGAAAAAGAGCAGCUCUGACUGUGAGAACAAUGAGCAUGCCCCAGCCCGUCUGGAAGACAGAAAAGCAUCAUUACCGUCAGAAGCAACAGUCUCGUGCUCCCCUAAAUCAGAAGAAGAAAGAUGGCAUGAACCUGCUCUGGAUUCUGCAAAAGGACACAGAUCCAAGCCGAAGCCAAGACUGAGGGUGUCUACCUUCCCAUCCUCUGCAGAAAAGAGAUCGAGUCUAGAAGAUGUCUCUCCAGCAGACAGCGGCGUUGGCAUAAGUCCAUUCCUGGUUACAAGAAGCAACUCACAAGGGUAUGGAAAAGGUCAUGACAUACCCUCAGCAAUAUCUGCAAAGCUUUCCGAAAGGGAUCUUGAUUUUCCUUACUCAACCGGCGGGGAUAUUCCCGAUACUGCAACAGAAAACCGUGCGAUUUCAGUAGUUACGCAGGAAGAAUCCAGCACUUCCAGCAAGAUACUGGUGAAGAGGGCGUCUAGCAAAGGGUUGUUUUGCCCCAACACAGUUGUAGGGAAUGGAGCUGAGAAACCAGAGUUUGGCCUGGCAAAAAAGGAAUCACUGAAGAGCUCAAAACUGCCAACUCUAGAAUGGGAAAAUGGUCGUUCUGUAAAACAAGGAGCCAAUUACACUAUCUCAUCUAGCAGCAACAAAGACGAGGACGUUGUCCUAGACCGGGAACAUUUCAAGAACUUGAAGAGUUUUUGGGAGAAGGGAGGUGAGCCUGCCUUGGCUAAUGAUGUAUCUGAAAUCUUGAUAGAAAAGGCCAACACCACAGACGUCGGCCUAAGGCCAUCAAGAUUGAACCGGUCUCUCUCAACCCAGUCCAAUAACAGCCAAAAUGGCGAUGGCAAGUCCGCUGCUAAUAUACAUCCCAAAGCCAGAAUCCCCUACAGAAAACCAGCCACCUUGUCUUCCAGCGAAGAUGAGCCUACUUACACAGUGCCACCAAGGAAAGGAUCAGGAUCGUCUAUCCCCAGGUCCACAUACGGCAGAAGCAAAGGGGGAACAGCUAACAGAAAUAGCCUAAGUGAUGGAAAUGGGAAGCAGUCUCCAGUGGUGGAGGAGGAGGAGAAGGUGCAGCGUUGCACCAGGAGAUCAAAAUUGCCAGUUCGAGUGCCUUCAGUCAAAAUAGAGGCACCAACUAAAGAGCAGGCUGGCAUCACUUUUGAGCCGGAGACACCCGCUGACGAGUUUGUCAUGGCCGAAGAAAGCAAACGCAAGAUGAAUUCAUUGGCAGGUAGGGUUCAGAUAUUGAUAGAGUCCGUACCUUCAGAGGACAUUGAUAAACUUGCUAGUGCUGUGGAAGGAAGUUCUGACUUGGGCUCUCGGGACAACCUAGAAACUGAAAAGAUGUUGCUUAAGGAUGAACCUUGUAGUCUUGCAAAGGACCCGCUGCAAAACGAAGCUGUUGACCAAAGAGGAGUCGCUCAAGAAAUGGAUUCUUCUACACUUUCAGAGGGAAACAGGCAUCAUGCUCCUGUUGCCAAGAAGUUAAUUCGCGCCAACGGCUACAGCUUUGCAAAGAGCAUGGUGAACCUUUACACGACCACAGAAACCUACACUAAGCCCCAGAUGUUAAGCCAUCAGUAUCUUGAGCCCGAGAGAGCCAAAGACCUUAGCAAAUCCAUCCCUCUCCUCCUCUCUGAGACGGAAUCGGACACAGCUUCAGAAAUCAGCUUCCAGUUCAGCAGGCACAAGAAAACACCCAGCAUGGGGAGCCACUCCUCCGACAUGGCCUCCGUCUCCUCGGUGAGCGGCAGCGUCCUGAGUGUGUACAGCGGUGAUUUCGGAAGCGUUGACGCUCAGGGACUCGUUCAGUUUGCCCUGGAUUAUGAUGAGAAAAAUCGGGAAUUCCAAAUUUUUGUCUCCCAGUGCAAGGACCUGGCUGUUGUGGAUGAGAAAAAAGGACGGACGGACCCGUACGUCAAAACCUACCUGCUUCCAGACAAAGCGCGGAUGGGAAAGAGGAAAACAUCUGUGAAGAAGAGAACAGUGAGCCCUAUUUUCAACGAGGUGCUGCGGUACAAAAUAGAGAAAAUGGUUCUGCUGAUUCAAAAACUAAACCUGUCCCUUUGGCACAACGACCCUUUGGGGAGGAACAGUUUCCUGGGUGAGAUGGAAAUAGACCUUGCUGGUUGGGACUGGCAGAACAAUAAGCUGAACUGGUACAUGCUCAAGCCGCGGAGCCUCUCGGCCAUCAAUUAUGUCGAUAACCGGGGAGUGAUGAACCUGUCCAUCAAGUAUGUCCCACCAGGGAGUCUAGGUCGGAAGACUCCUCCCUCUGGGGAGGUCCAUAUCUGGGUAAAAGACACUAAAGACCUCCCACAGUUACGUCCUUCUGGAGUGGACUCCUUUGUGAAAUGCUACGUUCUCCCAGACACCAGCAAGAAGAGUUAUCAAAAAACCCGAAUUGUCAAGAGAGAUUCAAACCCCAUCUUCAACCACACCAUCGUGUAUGACGGGUUUCACACGGAAGAUCUGAAAGAUGCUUGUGUGGAGCUGACCGUCUGGGAUCAUGAGAAACUCACCAAUCACUUCCUCGGCGGGAUCCGGCUGGGACUUGGGACAGGCUCUAGUUAUGGCAUUGCUGUUGACUGGAUGGAUUCCACGCAAGAGGAGGUGGCCUUUUGGCAGGAAAUGAUGGCAACGGCAAAUGAAUGGAUUGAAGGAUCACUGCCUUUGCGCUCCUUGGCUGGAAAAAGGAAGCUUAAGUGAAACUUUGGGCAUCCAGUGAAGCUUUUGAGAUGAAAUUUCAGGUACAGGUGUCAGAUGGGGAGGACUUUUGACUGUUGUUGAGCAUUGGGCUAUUUAGAUCAUGCCGGCAACAUACUUCAAAGAAGCUAAGGAUUAUUUCCUAUCCCGAGAGAGGACUGAAAAGGCAUCAUGCAAAUAUCACACCUCAACUUAGCUGAAAAGCAUCAAAGAUGUACUGUUUACCUCUGCGACAUUAUGUACUACAACUUAGAUUUUGUUUUAAUUAGAUAUUGGAUAUGUACCCAGAAGGCAGGGAAGAAGAGAUGUAAAUGUUUUAUUGAAUUUUUUAAAAAUUUGUUCUAUUUCUAUUUCCAGGAUGGGUUUUUGUUUGUUUUUCUGCACAGAGGAAGUUGUAAUAAAAUGGUGGUCUAGCACAACACACCAUUCAGUGAGCACAAUGUCACAAAAUCCAAACAACUGUGAAGCACGCAGCCUGAUAUAAAUAAAACAUGAAAACUCUGAACUAGGAACUAUAUGAUAGGAGUUGAUUUAAGCUGAGCCAGAUGAGUGAUCCAGCUAGCCAGCACUCUCUGUCUCGAGAAUGGGCCAAAAAUAGGUGAUAGUCUACGAGUAGACUCUUGGCAGUGGUUUCUGAAAGCCCACCUAGUGCAUGCUGGCUGCUAAGAUUCUUACAAAGGAUAUUGGCACCUCUUUUGUUCUUAAUAAAGAGUGAAUACUUAAGAUCGCUUUUAUGGCCUGGGCUAAACUAUGGACAAAACCAUAGUUUAGAGUUAUGAGGUGAGACUCAAAAGUCUGUGUGGUCUCUCUUUACCUCCCCAUCCCUCCUUUGAUGCAGGCACGAGGACUUUUUGCUUCGGUUUUAGAUUAACCACAAGUUGCCAUGGUAAUUUGAACCCAACCAACUGUGGUUAUUGUUAAUGAUGGCUUGUUCAAAUUAGCCACUUUAAAACUGUUGUUAAGAUUAACCAUAGUUUAGGGUUCGGCUUUAAUGCUAAACUAUGGUUAAUCUACAACAGAAAUUUCCGUUGACUCCUCAUGACUCCAUCAGAGGGGAGGGGUACCAUGUGAAGCCAAGGCUCACUGCAGCUCUUGCUCAUAAAUGCUAAACCAUGAUUUAGCAUAAUGUGUGGACCAGGCCAAUAUGUAUUCUACACACACAUGCGUGCACAUACACAAGCACACAUGGUUGUGUGGCACUUUAAAGACUAACAAACCUAUUGUGGCACAUGCUCAUGGAUUUAAGUCCACGCAUUGAUGCAUGUGUCUGCAAUCCUGAAAGCUGCUGCUAGUCAGUGUAGACAAUACUGAGUUAGAUGGAUCGACAGUCUGACUCCAUAUAAGGCAGUGAUCUGCGUUCCAACUCCCCAUCGGGGACAUCACAACUUCUGCCCAACCUCACAAGCACCUUCCACAAAGCAAUCCACUGGCAUUGGAGAAAGGGCCGGAGCUCAGAGGCAGAGCAUCUGCUUUGCAUGCAGAAGGACCCAGGUUCAAUCCCCAGCAUCACCAGGCAGGGCUGGGAAUGACCCCUGCCAGAAGCCCUGGAGAGCCACUGCCAGUCAGUGUAGACAAUACUGAGCUAGAUGGACCACCAGUCGGUCUCGGUAUAAGGAGAAAGUUCACGUCAAUAGUUCAGAGUAUUGCAAAAUGCCAUUUCUUGAAGGCGUAGUGGCUAAGCGACAAAUCAGGAAGUCCCCAGUUCAAAACUCCCCUCUGCCAUAAAUUCACUUGGUGGUGGCCACUGUCUUUCAGCCUCAAUUCCCCUCUCCUGUCUGUCACAUGGGGGAUAAUAAGGCUGAUUCAUCCUAUGGGGCUGUUGUAAGGAUUACUGCUGAAUAAUGCGUGCGAAGCACUUUGAUUGCUUGAAAACACUCUACAGUAUUCUUAAUGUAAGAUGCUUAGGAAAUAUUUGUUAUCCUUAUAAUAAUAAUAAUAAGUGUCAACGACAACAAUGCCUCCUCAUCUUAAAUGUCAAAGUCUGGAUCAUUUUUGUCCCAGAAUAAAGUGGAGGGACCAUUUGUGCAUUCCAUUUUAAGAACAUAAGAGCCCAGUUGGAUCAGGCCAGUGGCCCAUCUAGUCCACCAUCCUGUUCUCACAGUGGCCAACCAGAUGCCCACAAGAGCAUUUUGUUAGCCAGCAGUUUGUUCAUUUCAAUGAAGCCCCAGUUAAAAAUAAGAUUCUCUGUGUGAACUAGUGUACUGCAGUAAUGAAUACUGCCUAUUGUAGCUGACUCAGAUAAUGUGCAUUCUGGGCCAAAUUCAAGGUGUUAACAUUAGUGUAAAAGCCCUAAAUGAUCUAGGUUCCCAAUAUCUGAAAGACCACCUCCUUCCUGCGGAUCCCCUCAGGUGUUAAGAUCAGCAGAGGGGACCCUCUUGGUAGUUCCAUCAUCCUCGAAAGUGCAGGGAAUGGCGGCCCAGGAGAAGGCUUUCUCUGGGUCAUCCCAUAACCUGUGGAAUUCCCUCCCCACAGGGCUGCAUCAUCAUUGUCAAAUGCUGAAGAUGCACCCUAGCCUUUGACAGUUCAGGUAUUUUGUUUUGUGGGACCCAUCUCUUUUGCUGAAUUUAUAUUGUUCUGUUCUGGUUGGAACUGGCUAUACUUGUUUUUUAUAAUUGUAACUGGUUUGGCUUGUACCUAACAAAGUCCUUCCAUUAGCUCAAGGACUUCUUGUGCAACAGAACUGCCCCUCCCUCUCCUCUUCCUCCAUGCCCAUGCAUCCCCGCCCCAGAAAUCUGCUCCAGAUGGUUGGGGGACAGAUUUGGGGGGGGGUGAUGACCCUGUAAAUGUUACACAGUAAUUAUGGUGUCGGUUUUGUAGGGUAAAUGUGGUAAGUAGAGUGAGUGAGGGGGGAGUACAUGUGUUGGAAUGUGGAGGAAUGCUGAGUUAUGAUUGGCUGAGCAUCUGGGUGGUUGAAGGUGUAAAAGAGAAUGACAGUUGUUGGGGGGGGAUGGUUGGUUCUGGGUUUUGGAGGGGUGGAUUUGUGUUUAGGCGGAGUGAGGCAGGUUUUGGGACUAAGAGAUGUAAAGAGAAAACUAUUAUAUGUAACCAUGUGCAUGUUGACUGAACUUAAAGUAAUCUUGUUUAUUCCUUGUGUUAUUAAAAAAUAGUUUUGGUUUAACAACAUGCCUAAUCCGUGGCUGGGAUAUUACAGACCUGAAGGGUGGGCAGAGCAAAUACCAAAGCUGGGAACAGUGUCAAUGGUGGCAGCGGUGAAGGGAUAGUGUAACCGCAGCAGGUAUCCAAAGCAACCCAAGACUGUCAUCUUUAAAGGCAGAAAGAUACAGGGGGGUUGUGGCCUGUAAGUGCACCCAGACUCUACGUAGCAAUCUGAGGAGGAGACUAAGGCACAGUCUCAGGGCAGUAUUGCGUUACCGAGUGUCAGGUGGUGGCGCCUAGUAGUGGGAUUGUGAGAGACCUGUGCUGGGGCCAGUGUGAGAGAUCCAUUACGAGACCAGACCCAGAGUAGGGGUCUGAUGGGGCUCUGCACAGGGAGGAGAGGGAAAGGAAGUUUCAUUGUGCAAGCGGAAGUCCUUGCAUUAGCAGGACGACUUGGUUGACUACAAGCCUUUAAUCUGUUUUUAUAACUGUACAUAACAUUGUUGUAACCUGCCCUGGGCCUUAUGGUGGUAAGAAAUCUUAUAAAUAAAAA